ACUAACGAAAAGGUGGCAACAUACGGUAUACCCUGUUUUUUGUUGCGAGUUUACACGUUUGUUUUAGUUGUCGUAGAAUUUAUUAAACAAAAAUGGAUUUUGAUGCUGAAGACAAUCUUACCGUGGAGGAAAUGCACUUUAUAGCCGACUUGGACAGUCGCCAGUUCGGGUUCCUCAAAUUGACAGCGCCUGAAAAUGCAGCCAUACGCAUUAUUGUUGAGCGAGCAGUGAAAAUUCUACAAAAGGUUAUUAUAACAAAAAAGGAAGAAGAGCAAAGUGAAAAAAUUGCAAUAAAAUCAGAGGAUGUGCCUGAAGAAUCAAACUCACAUGUGAUGAAGACAGAGCAGGGAAGCGAUGAACUGUUUCAGGAAAACAGUACCCAAGUGCCUGUUGACUUACCAAGUCCCCAAAAGAAAGAAGAAGAAACUGCUAAUCAAACAUCUGUGGAAACGUCUACCACUAAUCCGAACAGUUGUAAUGAUAAAAAUAAAGACACCGUGGAUGUUUUGACCUAUUGCAAGCUGGGGCAUCUUCAUUUACUUCUUGAAGAAUACGAUGAAGCGCUUGCGGCUUAUCAAAAGUAUUAUCAACUUUGUCCAAAGAACUGGAAAAAUUUGCCUUUUUUGUAUGGCCUUGGGAUGGUCUAUUUCCAUUUUAAUGCAUUUAGAUGGUCUAUUAGAGCGUUUCGAAGUUUACUUUAUCAAGACCCGAAUUUUAUACGAGCUAGUGAAGCACACUUACGCAUUGGACUUAUGCUAAAAGUCUUUGGGGAGUACAAACUAUCAUUAAAACACUUGAAAUUAGCACAAAUUGAUAACUCUCCAUGUACAUUUUCUAAACUGCAAAUAAAAUUUCAUAUUGCCCAUCUAUAUGAAGUUCAUAAUAAGCAUAAAGCGGCUAAAGAAGCCUACGAGCAUCUGCUUAAUAGUAAAGAGCUGACAUUGGAAUUGAAAGCAGAUAUAUAUAGACAAUUAGGAUGGAUGUAUCAUUGUGUGGAAUCAUUAGGCGAUAAAAAACAACGAGAUAGUUAUGCAAUAAUAUGUUUACAAAAGUCAAUUGAAGCAAAUCCGAAAUCAGGACAAUCACUGUAUUUAUUAGGCAGAUGUUAUGCGGGUAUUAAUAAAGUUCACGACGCAUUUAUAGCUUAUAGAAACUCUGUGGAAAAGAGUGAAGGAAACGCCGAUACAUGGUGUUCUAUCGGUGUAUUAUAUCAACAACAAAGUCAACCUACAGACGCGCUACAAGCGUAUAUAUGUGCAGUUCAGCUAGACAAGAAUCAUAAGGCGGCGUGGACUAACUUAGGCAUAUUGUAUGAAAGUUGUGGUCAACCAAGAGAUGCUUAUGCAUGUUAUUUAAAUGCAACAAGAAGUAUAAAAAAUAAUACUCAACCAAAAGCUGCGGUGAACGACAGCAAAGUCGAGAAUUUAAAUCUAAAGCUCCGUACGACAGGCAAUUUGACCGCACGCGAGUGUCAAGGUUUGGGUAAAGGAUUAUCGCAACGUAUAAAGUUUUUAGAAGCUCAAUUAGCCCAAGCGCCUAUGCCAAGUAUUACUUCAAAAAGAAGACAACUUUGUUCAAUUGAAGAAGCGUGGAAUUUACCAAUUUCAUUGGAAAUGAGUUCGAGGCAACAACAUCAACAAGCUACACAAGUGCAGCAACGUCAAUAUGGCAAAAGUGCACACGGUUCGGUAAUACAGGGCCCACCACCACCAUAUCCACACACACAUCAGAAUAUAAAUAAUGUACCAACAAAGCGUUUCAAAGAUGAGGCCCUCCAACAAACUGAGUCCGGUAAUCGCCCAGCGCAACCGGCAUUCUACCUUUCACAGCAACAACUACAAACUUUACAAAUUUUGCAACAAAACCAAAGCACGCUUAAUCAUCAAGAGCAGACGUUGUUCCAACAACUCAGCAGUCAAUAUCGCCUUAUGCAACAAUAUCAACAAGCAAUGAGACAACAGAACACGUGUCAAUUGCCACAAAAUGUACAAGCGCAACAAUUACAAUCACCGUCGCACCAAGCGGCGACGCCAGGCCAACCAAUACGCUCUACACCGACAGCUUCAUUAACGCCUACGAAUAUUAAUGAAGCGACGGGCGCAACGUCGAGUACGAAUGCACCUCCUUCAUACGCUGGCACGACGAUUGAUGAACAAACAAAAGCAUCAGUGCCAAAUCCAUCGUCGUCAAGUAUGGAAUCUGGUGCGCUAACACCAAAUAAUGAUCAAUUAGGUGUGAGCGAUCAAGAGCUACAGGUGUUUCUCACACAAAAAGGCUUAACCUCUACCUUUGCAGAGGAUCUUUUGAAGACAUUUAACGCCGAUAAUCUAGAUAUUAAGGAAGAAGACAUAGACGGCACAUCAGAUGAUAUAUUCAAUGGUCUUGAAAAAAAUUUAUCAUGUGACGAUAAAAGCAAUACCAUCCUAAGUGGCCAGCACGCGACAGUCGAUAGUAAUAGUGCAGAAACCGUUGGUGCUGUCAAAGAAGAAGCCGACGCACAAGAAAAUGCCGAUAUAAAAACAGAAAAUUGUCGUGAUGAUGAAGACGAUGAUAGAGUUAAAUAUGAUGAUGAGCUUGAAGAGCCAUCGAAAUUUAGCAUACAAAUGGAUUCGAAACAACUGAUUGCAGCGGUUAAAAAUCUAUCGCUCGAAGAACCACCGCCCCAUUGUUCCGUAUUACAUAUAAAUGCGCCACCGCCUUCGCCACCCGAUUGCCCGCCACAACGUCUUACCCGUGAACAACUAAUGCCGCCCACACCAUCUGUACAUUUAGAGAAUAAAAAGCACGCUUUCAGUCCGCAACUGCAAGAGUUCUGUCUCAAGCAUCCGAUAGCUGUGGUACGUGGCUUGGCGGGUGCACUUAAAUUGGAUCUGGGUCUAUUCUCCACCAAAACGCUCGUCGAAGCCAAUCCCGAUCACAGUGUGGAGGUACGCACGCAAGUGCAUCAGUCACCGGAUGAAAACUGGGAUGCGUCGCAAGCGAAACGUGUGUGGGCAUGCAUAUCGCACCGAUCGCAUACUACUAUAGCGAAGUAUGCGCAAUAUCAGGCGUCUAGCUUUCAAGACAGUUUAAAGGAUGAACAUGACAAAGGACCAACCGGUUUGCAAACAAUGUCCGAUUCGGAUUCUAAAGAUUCCGUGACCAAUUCCAAUGUCAGUGGCAAGCGAAAAAAGCAUAAAAAUAGCAACAAAAUGUUGAGAUUUGGCACCAAUGUGGAUCUGUCAGAUGAGCGGAAAUGGCGUGCACAACUAGCCGAAUUGCAGAAACUGCCGGCUUUUGCGCGCGUCAUAUCUGCAGCCAAUAUGUUGUCACAUGUGGGUCAUGUCAUUUUGGGCAUGAAUACGGUGCAGUUAUACAUGAAAGUGCCGGGCAGUCGUACGCCGGGCCAUCAGGAGAACAACAAUUUCUGCUCAAUAAAUAUAAACAUCGGUCCGGGCGAUUGUGAGUGGUUUGCUGUGCCCGAUGCCUACUGGGGUGGCAUACAUAAUCUGUGCGAGAAAAAUAAUAUCAGCUAUUUGCACGGUUCAUGGUGGCCGGUGUUGGAAGACUUGUAUAAAGAGAAUAUACCUGUUUAUCGAUUUAUACAGCGACCGGGCGACUUGGUUUGGGUCAAUGCGGGUUGUGUACAUUGGGUGCAGUCAGUUGGUUGGUGCAAUAAUAUAGCAUGGAAUGUGGGUCCACUGACGGCGCGACAAUAUUCCCUAGCGAUUGAACGUUAUGAGUGGAAUAAAUUGCAAAACUUCAAAAGUAUUGUGCCCAUGGUGCAUCUGAGUUGGAAUCUCGCGAGAAAUAUUAAAGUCUCAGAUCCAAAACUAUUUGAGCUUGUCAAAAUGUGUCUGCUACAGACUCUGAAAAAUGUUGUGCACACCUUGGAAUAUGUGAAAUCUAAAGGUGUGGAGGUACGCUUUCAUGGGCGUGGAAAAAAUGAAGCCUCACAUUAUUGCGGACAAUGCGAGGUUGAAGUUUUUAACAUUUUAUUUAUACGCGAACAGGAGAAACGUCACGUUGUGCACUGUAUGGCCUGUGCACGUAAGCUAUCACCAAAUUUGCAAGGCAUCGUUUGUUUGGAGGAAUAUCGGUUAAGUGAACUCUUACAAAUAUACGAUGCUUUCACGUUGUAUAAAGUACCACAGACACUGCCACAAAGUCCGAAUUCGUCGAAUAUUUAAUAUUAUAAGAAUUAUAUUAACGUGUAUGAUGAGAAUGAAAAUGAUGAUGAUGAUGAACAAGAUGAUGUCGUUGAAAUGUUUGUUGCUGAUAAUGGUAAUGAUAAAGACAUUCGUUAGUUGAUUUGUAUAGUUUCAUUUUUUUUUUUUUGGUUGUAGAUUGUCGGAUAUAGGUCUAUUGCUAAUAUUAAAUAAUUAUACAAUUUUUAUAAUAGACAACAACAACAAAAUGCACUGGUAUUAUACUUACGUAGGCAUAUUUUUAUAAUAUUAUACAAAAAACAAAAGAAAAAAAAAACAAAAACAAUUUCAUUUUUAGCAAGUUUACGAGUAAAUUUACGCUCUUCAUAUAGACGAUUAGCACUAUUAUAUACAUACAUACAUAAAUCAUCAAUCAUUAUUGUUCCACGUAAUUUUAUUUCACUUAGCCACUUAAGACAUUUCUCAUCAUCUAUACGGUACACACGCGUGGUAUAUGUGCGAAAAUUGUAUACAGAAACACAUUUGAAUAAUUGUAAUUAUUAUGCAUAGGUAUUUAAUUUGUUCUUAAACACAUUACAAACGUGCAUAUUUGUAUUUUAAAAGUACUUGCAAGAAUAUAUUUAGAUAUGUGAUUUGUGGCUUGCGUAUGUUGAAUAUUAUUUUUGCUUUGAUUUAAUAUAUUAUUCAAAUUGCGAAAGUGUCUGCUUGCAUUUAGUUUUGUCACACUAAAAAUGUUGUCAGAUUAAAAAACAAAAAAAAUCAAUUAAUUUAAUUAAAUUGUAUACAAAUAAAGCAAGCGCAAUUUUUUUUAACCAAAUUUGAAUUAUUUAAAGCCCAAUAAUAUAAAAAAAAAAAUAAUUUUUACAAACCACAAAUGCGUAAUUUAGGUUGUUUCAUUAGUGUAAAAGCGAGUUUUAGUUAAAUUGAUAAUAAAAAACGUAAUCAUGUUUACUUAGUUUAUACAACAGAAAAGCACACUUAUACAUAUAAAUAUAUAUAUAUAAAUAAGAAAAGUAAAAGUUAUUACUAAAAAAUCAUACAGCUUUUAUAAAUUAUGACAUAUUGUCGUCUUUAACAAACAAGCAUAAAUACAACAAAACAUACAUAUACACCAAAAAAAAAGUAACGUAUGCAUGGUUAAAUAAAGCGCUGCGCAGCUCAACAAUUUGUCGCAAUAGCUGUACAGCAUAAGCAUACAAACAAGUAAACCUGUAUAUGUAAUUAAUGAUCUCAAUUUAAAAAAAAAAAUAAUGCGGACGAAAUAGCUAAAUACAAAAUGUAAUUUCAAAUAAUUUAAUUAAAUGCAAACAAAAUAAAACAAAAUUUGAACGUGUGCUGUAUAUUGAGUAAUAAAAUUAAAAACUAAAAAAAAUCAACAAAUCAUUUGGCCGAAUAUCAUUUCUAGUUUAAAGAAGAAGAAAAUAAAAUAAAACAAAAAGCCUGCGAAACAAACGAAUAUAUUUUUAUAAUUACAUGGAAAAGUAUAUAAAAAUAUAUUUUAGAAAUACGUACAUAUAUAUAUAUACAUUAAUAUAUAUAUAGCAUACAUACACACACAUAAGUGUUCAAUAUUUGAAAAAGAGUGUUGGAGUAACAAACAAACAAGCAGACUAUGUCUGGACCAGCAGUUUUGCUGCAGCAAAAAAGCAUAA